UUCAAGUCUCAAAAAACGACUUCCGUCAAGAUAGGGAAGUGUCUGUCAACAGAGAGGUCCGGCAUCUCCAGCUCCCCACAUCUCGCCAUUUAAUACGCAUGCACAGGCGUCGACGCGUUUUCGUGUUGGCUGUUUUCUUGUUUCUCGAUGGAGUUCCUUUGCGCUCGUGUGCGCUGCCCGGUUUUCGGCCUUCUUCAAGGAACAGGGUCUCCCUGUCGAUACACCCGACAAUUUGCCCUCCGUUCGGGGCGGAGGAUUCGCUUGCCUGUGUGGCGCCUCUCCUGUCGACGAAUCCACGAAAAAAGGAACGCCACUGUCGCAGACACUCUUCAGCAGAAACUGCUUCCCGUUUUCAGGUCUCACAGCGAGUUGCCGCCGCUCCGGCUCAACGAGUUUAUCUCAGUUGCUUUGGUCUUUUCUGA